UCUUUCCUUUCACUUCGCCCUUUAUAAACUCUCCCAAACGGGGCCAAACCCACCAACCUCUUCGUCACAUUUUUUUCAUUGCAAGCUUUUUCACAUUCCGAAUCUCUCUCUAGAAUUUUCACUCUCUCACAAAAAUCAAUGGCACCCACAAAGGCAGAGAAGAAGCCAGCGGAGAAGAAGCCAGUGGCGGCGGAGAAAGCUCCGGCGAAGGCCGAGAAGAAGAUCUCGAAGGAAGGCGGUAGCGAUUCGAAGAAGAAGAAGAAGGUCAAGAAAAGCAUCGAGACUUACAAGAUCUACCUCUUCAAGGUUCUCAAACAGGUUCACCCCGAUAUUGGGGUUUCGAGCAAGGCUAUGGGGAUCAUGAACAGCUUCAUCAACUAUAUCUUCGAGAAGCUCGCCCAGGAGUCAUCGCGAUUGGCUCGGUACAACAAGAAGCCCACGAUCACGUCUCGGGAGAUUCAGACUGCGGUGCGUUUGGUGUUGCCUGGUGAGUUGGCUAAGCACGCUGUCUCUGAAGGAACCAAGGCUGUCACCAAGUUUACUAGUUCUUGAAUUUGAUGUUUUUGUUAGUUUCUGUUUGGCAAAGCAACUCUAGUUUUGUAAUGUUUGGUAGAGAAAUUUAAUGGAAUUUGUUGGUUCUGGGAA